ACCGACACAUCUCUGUGGCUGAAGCAGCUCUUCCUCACGGACACUUCCUGAUGUUGUGGACCCAGAAACGAACGGAAAGGACUCGGAUUCGUCGCUCUGUGGACUGAGAGUGCUCUUUACAGGUGUGGACCCAACCCAGACAAGUGCAGACUCGGUCAAUACCCCUUUGCAAGGUCCGGAGUGCCGCGCCGGCUAUUACGACCUGGACCACGAUUAUACACCCUUGCAUCCGAUGCCGGGCCAUGCUGAUUAGCUUUCUGUGAGUCUGCACGGCGGGUUGGAGACGGCCGCUGUCAUUUUGGAAUAUGACAGCCCGGCUAUAAAGGCCCACAGGAAAUCGCGGGGUCGCCCCGCCGCCGUGCAUCCCCGCCCCUGCUCGCCGCGCAGUUCGCAUUAAGACCAUGUCCCGAGUCUUGACGCCGACUUCAUCGACCAGCACGUUUUGCGAGCCUGCUGCCCCUCGCCCUAAUUGGGUGGAGGAGGAGGCCCGACGGGAGGAACGGCGCGCAGAGCAGUAUGGUGGCGAUGUCCCUGAGGAUCCUGCGCCCAAGACCGCCCCAUAUGUGCCUUCCGUCCAUGAUGAGAAAGUGGACCCGAACCGAGUAGACUGGGACGGCCCUGACGAUCCCGAAAAUCCGCAGAACUGGUCGGCCGCACGGAAGUGGGUCAUCACUAUGCUCGGCCUUGUAAUGACGAUCAACGUUACAUUUGCGUCUUCCGCACCGUCGUCCGCAGGUCCGACAAUCGCAGCCUACUUCAACAAACCGACGGAGUACGCCUACCUCGUCACCUCGGUCUUCCUCUGCGGCUACGUGAUCGGGCCUCUGUUCUGGGGCCCCGGCUCCGAGCUGCUAGGCCGCAAGCCGAUCUUUCUGCUCACCCUCGGUGCCUACACCAUUCUCCACCUCGGGCAAGCGCUAGCUACCAACGUAGAGACUCUCCUCGCUACACGGUUCCUGGGAGGGUUCUUCGCCGUCGCGCCGCUGACGAACUGCGGCGGGCUCAUGUUCGACAUCUGGGACCCGAUUCGACGAGGCCUUGCCACGGCUUUGUUCGUCGCAGGCGUGUUCAUCGGACCCGUUCUCGGGCCUAUUGUCGGAGGCUUUUUGACGACGAGUUACCUGGGCUGGAGAUGGAUCUUCUGGGUUAUGAUGAUUUUCGCUGGCGCCUGUACCAUCGUCGCCGCGAUUUGGGUCCCGGAAACCUAUGCCCCAGUGCUGCUGGCGAAGAAGGCUCGUCGCCUGAGGAAGGCGGAUCCUGUGAAGAAUGCCGACCUGUACGCGGAACACGAGCGGGCGGACUGGACGCUCAAGGGCGUCCUCCACCGUACCCUCUACCGGCCCAUCAAGAUGCUCGCCAUCGAGCCCAUCCUGCUGCUCGUCACCCUCUACCUCUCACUUGUGUACGGCGUCCUGUAUGCACUCUUCGAGGCGGUCCCCAUCAUCUUCAUCAGCACGCGGCACUUCAACGUCGGCGAGUCCGGGCUGAUCUUCAUCGGCGUCGGGAUCGGGACGACGAUCGGCGCGGCGUCGUUCCUCCCGCUGAACGCGCACUACCCGCGGCUCAUGAAGGAGUGGCGCGGGUUCCCGCCGCCGGAGCAGCGGCUGUUCGGCGCGAUGAUCGGCGGGACGAGCCUCGUCGUCGGGUGCUUCUGGCUCGGGUGGACGGGCAACUACGCCGGCGUGCCGUGGUACGUGCCCGCGCUGGGGACGAUCCCCAUCGGCGCGAGCGUCAGCAUGGUCUUCAUCUCGUUCUUUACCUACCUGGUGGACACAUACUUGGGCUACACCGCGUCGGCGCUUGCUGCGAGCACCAUGGUGCGCUCCGCCGUCGGCGCCGCCUUCCCGCUCUUCACGACGCAGAUGUUUGAGAACCUUGGCACCAAUUGGGCGUGCACGCUCAUCGGCUUGCUCGGCCUUCUCCUCGCGCCGAGCCCUUUCCUGUUCUACAAAUACGGCGCCUUCAUCAGGUCUAAGAGCAAGUUCUCCCCGUCUCCGGAUCUGCUCAUCGCCAAAGAGCUGGAAGCAGCGGCUCGAGGAAAGGAGAAGCAGGACGUGUAGAUUGGCGCAGCACGGAACGAGACCAUCUGGACAUUUGUAUCGACCACAUCACUUGCAUGACCAUUUCCACGCAGAACGUAAUGCAUUCCUGGCAUGGUAGAUAGUAUCCUGUAGCAUCAUCCUCUCGUUCUUUCAAAGAUUACUUAGACUGCGCAUCUAGACUAGACUCCGCUUUACAUCCCUGGUAGUAGAAUUGGAUCCAUACGAGGUUCUCGUAAUUCAAUGUAGUGCCCGUUGAUCUUUCACGUGCAUGCCGCGCCAUGCUCAUCAAAUUCUGCCCCUUUGUGGGUCCAGUGGGCAGAGAAAUCAGGCGGAGUAGGCGCAGCCCCAGACAGUCGGAUGAUGGUCCAAC